AUGUCUUCUCCAUUCCCACAAACCGUCGACAAAGUCAAGGGCCUCAAGAUUUUGGGUCCCCUCCCUGAAGGAGCCAAACACAUCUUCAAUGUUGAAGCUUUGGCUUUCGUUGCUACUUUGCACCGUUCGUUCAAUGCCCGUAGAAAGGAAUUGUUAGCCAACAGAAAGGAAGCCCAGAGGUUGAGAGACUCCGGUAAGUUGCCUGACUUUUUGCCAGAAACUGCCUACAUCAGAGAUGAUGCCACCUGGACCGGACCUCCAUUGGCCAAGGGCUUGCAGGACAGAAGAGUUGAAAUCACCGGUCCUACUGACAGAAAGAUGGUGAUCAAUGCCUUGAACUCCAACGUUGCUACUUACAUGGCAGAUUUCGAAGACUCGUUGACUCCAGCUUGGAACAACUUGGUCGAAGGUCAGGUUAACUUGUACGACGGUGUCAGAAGAAACUUGACUUUUGAAACCAACGGCAAGAAGUACGCCUUGAACCUUGACCCCAAGAGACACAUCCCAACCUUGAUUGUCAGACCCAGAGGCUGGCACUUGGAAGAAAAGCAUGUCACUGUGGACGGCGAGCCAGUUUCGGGUGGUAUUUUUGACUUUGCCAUCUACUUCUACAACAACGCUGUUGAAUCCUUGAAGCAGGGCUUUGGACCAUACUUCUACUUGCCAAAGAUGGAACACCACUUGGAAGCCAAGUUGUGGAAUGACAUCUUCAACUACUCCCAGGACUACAUUGGUAUUCCAAGAGGUACCAUCAGAGCCUCCGUUUUGAUUGAGACUUUGCCAGCUGCCUUCCAGAUGGACGAAAUCAUCUACCAAUUAAGACAGCACAUUGCCGGCUUGAACUGUGGUAGAUGGGACUACAUCUUCUCAUACAUCAAGUCAUUGAGAAACCACCCUGAAUUCAUCUUGCCAGACAGAUCCCAAGUGACUAUGGCUGCUCCAUUUAUGUCAUCUUACGUAAAGUUGUUGGUGCACACAUGUCAUAAGAGACAAGUACAUGCCUUAGGUGGUAUGGCUGCGCAGAUUCCAAUCAAGGACGAUCCAGAAAGAAACAGAUUGGCUUUGGAAAACGUUGCCAGAGACAAGUUGAGAGAAGUGACCACUGGUUGCGACUCCUGUUGGGUUGCUCACCCAGCCUUGGUUCCUGUCGUGUUGAAGGUCUUCAACGAGCACAUGAAGGGUCCUAACCAGAUCAAUGUUCCACCAAAGACUCCAUACAAGCCUGUUACUGCAAGAGACUUGUUGUCGCCAUUUGUUCCAGGUGCCAAGAUCACCGAACAGGGUAUCAGAGCCAACAUCAUCAUUGGUCUCUCGUACAUUGAAGCCUGGUUAAGAAACGUCGGCUGUGUUCCUAUCAACUACUUGAUGGAAGAUGCUGCCACUGCAGAAGUGUCUAGAACUCAAAUUUGGCAAUGGGUUACCCACGGUGCUACUACAGACACCGGAGUCACCGUCACCAAGCCUUAUGUGCAAAAGUUGUUGAAGGAAGAAUACACCAAGUUGGCCCAGGCUGCCAAGCCAGGCAACAAGUUCAAGCCAGCUUUGGCCUACUUUGCCCCAGAAGCUUCUGCUGACAGGUACUCUGAUUUCCUUACGACUUUGAUCUACGACGACGUCACCACCAUCGGCAGAGCCUUGCCAGGUGAAAAAUUGUAG